CCCGGUGAAAAAGUCAAAGUAACAAUUUUACAAUUCUAUAAAUAGAGAUCCUCCAUUAAUCAUCAAAAUACUCCACCCUUUCUACAAAGCUUUUUGUGCCUAGCUUAGCUACCGUAAUUACUAGCUUCCUCGGCCGGCGGCCGUUUAUACGUACACAAAGCACGGAAAUCAGUGGAAAGAUCUACCUCGCCCAACGCUAGAGUCCGUUUAGACGGGAUUUCAUCAACAGAGAAUUUGUUGAAAAUCAGAGGGUCAAAAUGGCGCCUCCACCCCCGGCAAGGAAGAACAUGGACAUCACGGUGACGGAGCCACAAGACGACGACACUAGCUUGAAACGUACAUUGAAAAAGUUUCUCGAUACCAUUGCUCAACGAGUCAACUUUCACAUGGGUUAUCCAGUAAACAUAGUUUAUGAUCACCAUGCGACUUUAGCACCAUUAUUGCGUUACCACUUGAACAAUUGCGGUGAUCCCUUCAUGGAGAACGCUAUGGAUUUUCAUUCCAAAGAUUUUGAAGUUGGAGUCUUGGAUUGGUUUGCUCAACUCUGGGAGAUUGAGAAGGAUGAGUAUUGGGGUUAUAUUACUAAUGGUGGCACUGAAGGAAAUUUACAUGGAAUUUUACUAGGGAGAGAGGUACUUCCGAAUGGAAUAUUAUACGCAUCAGAUGAAUCACAUUACUCGGUCUUCAAGGCUGCUAAAAUGUAUAAAAUGGAAUUUGAAAGAAUCAACACUAUGGUCAAUGGAGAAAUGGACUACACCCAUUUGAGAUCAAAAUUGCUUCAAAAUAAGGGAAAACCAGCUGUCAUCAAUCUCAACAUUGGAACUACCUUCAAAGGAGCCUUGGAUAACUUGGACAUCGUUAUAGAGACACUUGAAGAAUGUGGAUACUCAGAAGAAGACGUCUAUAUUCAUUGUGAUGCAGCGCUUUUAGGGCUCAUUGUUCCUUUCUUAAAAAAUGUACCAAAAAUCAGUUUCAAGAAGCCAAUGAUAGGAAGUGUCACAAUAUCUGGGCACAAGUUCCUAGGAUGCCCAAUGCCAUGCGGAAUCCAGAUAACAAGAAAACGUCUCAUACAUA